ACAUUUGUUUAUAUAUGAAGAAUAACGUCUGCUGACAAUGCUACGGAUACUCGUUCAUUAACAUUCUCUGGUAUAACAAUUGCGUUUUGCAGUUUCAACUGAUGUUUCGCUUACUUUUGACUUGGCAACAUUAUUGAGAGCUCUGUCCAAGAAGUUGGCAACGCGAUGAUUUUGAUUGUCAAAAUAUUCUUGUUUUCAUUUGCAUAGCAAAAUAUUAAAGGCGUAGAAUUUCACAAUCUAUAUCGCAUAAACAGAUUUUAUUUUUAUUAAGAUAUCCAAGUAAUGUCUUUAACACGCGCAUCUAAAUUGCUCCAAGCUAGGUUGACACGCAUUCAAAGUGUCCCUGCAGUUUUUUAUCAUGAAAACGUAGUGGAACAUUAUGAGAACCCAAGAAAUGUAGGUUCACUUGACAAGAAAGAUCAAAGGGUAGGAACGGGUUUAGUUGGUGCGCCAGCAUGCGGCGAUGUCAUGAAGCUUCAAAUCAAAGUUGAUGAAAAUGGUAAAAUAAUCGACGCAAAAUUUAAAACCUUUGGUUGUGGUUCAGCAAUUGCUAGUAGUUCUUUAGCAACAGAGUGGGUAAAAGGCAAAACUAUUGAUGAAGCCGGAAAAUUAAAGAAUACCGACAUAGCUAAAGAGUUAUGUCUUCCCCCAGUAAAACUGCAUUGUUCCAUGCUUGCUGAGGACGCAAUAAGGGCAGCACUUGCUGAUUAUAAAAUAAAACAACAAAAGAAGGAUUAAACAUUUAAUCAAAAUAUUGUUAAUGAAUUAGUUGUAGUUUACGGGUGUUAAAUGGAAGAUCAUAAAUAAUGUGAGCUCUGAGUUUAUCAGAACUGGAUCUUCCGACUUUGUUAUGCUUUAAAUACUUAUAAAAAUGCGGAAAAUUUUAUUCUCAUGAAAUGUAUGAAUCACUGGAAGUCAGCUUUAAUUUGGGAACUUUAAUAAACUAAAAUCGUAUGCAAGUUGAAAUAGAAUUAUGUCGAUGUUAGAAAUAUGUGAUGGAAUGUGAAACUAUAUUUAAACACUAAGAUUAUUACGCAACACACGUAUCAAAAUAAAUUUAUUUCUUCAAUUUAAUUGCACAUUUCAAUAAAACAAUAUAAGAAGACAUGAUUUAGGAGAGGCGCACGCUAACAUUACCGCCACAUUCGCCUUUGCUGUUUAUGUUAUAUUCUGCAAAUUAAAAGAAAUAUUGAAAUAAAAAUAUGUGCGUAAGUAA